AAUUUGGGCCGGGGGGGUGGGUGGGUGGGGUGCACUGGCCCCGCCAUGUCCUUGCAGAAGCGGGACGAAAUCGGAGGUGUAGGCGGAAGCGCGAGGCUGGCGCGUUCUCCGGAGGCGCCCGAGGAACGUGUGCCGGGUCGCUGCUUGUCACUGCUGCCAUGGGACCGCUUUUCGGCCUGGUUGCACUGCGUUUGUGUGGUGGGCUUCGACCUGGAGCUUGGGCAAGCCGUGGAGGUAAUAUACCCUCAACAUGCAAAACUUACAGAUAAAGAGAAAAUGAAUAUUUGCUACUUGUCUUUCCCAGAUUCCAACUCAGGUUGCCUUGGAGACACACAAUUUUGUUUUAGAUUCAGGCAGUCUUCUAGCCGAAAGCUCUCAUGGCAUUGUCUUCUGGACCAGUUUGACAGAGACCUUCCCAUCUAUUUAAAGAAGGAUCCUGCAUAUUAUUAUGGCUAUGUGUAUUUCAGACAAGUCCAAGACAAAACAUUAAAAAGAGGCUACUUCCAGAAGUCCUUGGUUCUGAUCAGCAAGCUGCCUUAUAUCCACUUUUUCCACGUUGUGCUUGGACACAUUGCACCUGAAUAUUUUGAGAAGAAUGAACCUUUCUUGGAAGCAGCUUGUAGUGAUAUUGAUCGAUGGCCAUCACCAGUCCCAGGAACAACUCUGCAUCUGCCCAUUAUGGGCAUUGUUAUUAAGGUACGGAUUCCUACAUGUCAUGACAAGCCUGGAACAACAGAAGUAUUACAGACAGCACACCAGCCAGCUGCACAGGUUUCCAUUGCUUUGCCUACUGUCCAUGAAGUGGAUCUCUUCAGAUGUUUCUCGCCAGUGUUCUUUCACAUCCAGAUGCUCUGGGAACUAGUGUUGUUAGGGGAACCACUUGUUGUCAUGGCACCAUCUCCAUCAGAGUCUUCAGAAACUGUGUUGGCACUUGUGAGCUGUAUCUCACCUUUGAAGUACUACAGUGAUUUCAGGCCUUACUUUACAAUACAUGACAGUGAAUUUAAAGAAUAUACUACUCGUACACAGGCCCCGCCUUCUGUCAUAUUAGGAGUGACAAAUCCAUUUUUUGCUAAAACACUGCAGCACUGGCCACACAUCAUCCGAAUAGGAGACAUUAAACUGUCAGGUGAGGUCCCAAAGCAAGUGAAAGUGAAAAAGCUGAAAAACUUAAAGACUUUGGAUUCUAAACCUGGUGUUUAUACAUCUUAUAAGCCAUACUUGAACAGAGAUGAAGAAAUCAUAAAACAGUUGCAAAAGGGAGUACAACAGAAGCGUCCUGCAGAAGCCCAAAGCAUAAUCCUUCGACGUUAUUUCUUGGAACUGACCCAAAGCUUCAUUAUUCCUCUAGAACGAUAUGUAGCAAGUUUGAUGCCUCUUCAAAAGAGCAUAUCACCUUGGAAGAGUCCACCACAGUUGAAACCAUUCAAUCAAGAGGAAUUUAUGAAAACUCUAGAGAAAGCAGGGCCUCAGCUUACCUCUAGAUUAAAAGGAGAUUGGAUAGGACUGUACAGACACUUCUUGAAAUCUCCUAACUUUGAUGGUUGGUUCAGGACACGACGGAAAGAAAUGACACAAAAGUUGGAGGCACUGCAUUUAGAAGCAUUGUGCAAUGAGGACUUGCUUUUCUGGAGUCAAAAACAUACUGAAGUAGAAACAGUGGACCUUGUCUUAAAAUUAAAGGAUAAAUUGGCUGAUGGAGAAAACUUACCUGUGAAACCUGGCACAAUGGAAAAGUUACAGAUGCACAUUGAUUCAAUUAUACUGGCAUUACCAGAAGAUUUGCAGGGUAUACUGAUCAAAACUGGCAAAACGUGACAAACUAUAUUUUUAUGCAGCCACAUAACCUGUGAAACACAUUUCAAAGAUACAGAAAGGAUGUGCUUGGAGAACUACAGGUAUGCAGAGUGCUUGUAACAGAAACAGACUGUGCUACUUCUAAAAGUUUUAAAGCAGACCUUGAAAAUUCAUCUUGAAUGCUGAAAGUAGUGAAGCGUUUUAUUGUCAAUUAUGUGUAAAAAUUAAGUGCUCUUAUGGAAAAUCAUCACUCACUUACAUUUCUGCCAUGUGGGCCUACAAUGAAGAACAGGCACUGCAGAACUUCUUAGUUGGUGCUCCGCUCAAUUCCAUUAAACUCAGGGGAAGCAAUAUUCAUGUUGGUUUCAAAAACUAUCUCACUUAAAGUAAUAGCUUGUAGUCUUUAGUGAGUAUUUUCCUUAGAUUUAAAAAAAAAAUCCCAUUACCAGCCUAGUAAACAUUGCUGCUAAAUUAAGAUGUCACAGAGCUGCCACAUUUUGGCAAUUGAGAGUACCAUCAACACUCCUCCUUUUAGCUUAUGCACUCUACCCUUUCCAUGGUUGGCAAUACCAUAGUUUUUCUAUGUGGUCUGAAUGAUUACCACUAAUCAUGGCUUGCUUCCAUACCAGGGACUGGAGUAGGCUUCAGACUCAGGUUCAAACGCUGAAAUGGAGAAGGAACCCAUGAUCUCGGAACUAAAGCAAUGAUAUGAGGUUUGAUUACAUAAAAUUAUUUCUUAUUGGAUCACAAGCUGUUCUGGAAUGGGUGUGGAGUAGCUGAGGAAAGAAGUAACCCACUUGUUUCUCCUAUGAUUUGUAUUUUUGUUCUUUUUAAUUGAGCUGUAUUAAAAGAGUUCUCUUUAAAUCUCUUAAACCUUUCUUAUUAUGGUAUCUAAUUUUAAACAGUAUUAAAAUUAAAAGGUGAAAGAUUUAUUAACUAAAACUUACCUAUAUAUGAUGUUUGUUGCAGAAAAUACAUGCCAUCCCCAUUAUGAAGAUAGUCAUGCACUGAGAAAACUGCUGUACUGAAAUAUGCCCUGCUAAGAGUAUGAUUAGGGACAGUCUCCUUUAAUCAGUCACUUGUUGUGGAAGGGAAAAUAAGAGUGACUUGCAAACAGCUUGCGUUCAUAUAGAAAGCAUCACAAUAAUCUUCAGAUCAAGUUAACUUCAUCCCACCUAUGUAUUGUCCAAGGGAUUUCCCCCUUCCAUAGCACCAUUUUGUGUACAUAGGGCUGAAGUAAGGCCUGUGCAGAAACAUAUUUGGCACAUGGAUGGUCCUUUCUGAAUUGGGCGAACAGAAAGUUUAUCUAGGAAAAAAACUAAAGAAAAACUGACAUAAAAUCACUGUCCAUAGCAAUUUUAAAAAACUGUUUAUUUAGUGAUUUGUAUUGUGACAUGGUAUGUUUGAACUGCCUUUUUAAAAAUAGUAGAGUAGGAAGGAGGAGGAAGCAUUUGUAUUUAUCUUUUUCUAGAGGGGGCUUGUGCAAACCACAACUAAUAGUGUGCAUACUAUAAGUAUGCAUAAUGAGCCAUUUCUCACUGGCAAUAAAUUGUUGCUGAACAUAUAUACUCUUUAAGUCAUAAGAACAUAAGUUUCAGAAGAACUCUGUGUGAAAUAGGAAUUGAAGGAAUCAUUUCAACAAUGUUAUGGCAGUGUGGAUGUGUACCAAUAUCGUGUGCACGAAAGUGAAGGCAAAAUUGCUUUGAGUAGUGAUCAGAAUCAAUGUACAUGCUUUAUAUGUUUGGAUAAAACAUCAAUAUGACAUUGCAAGCCUGUAAUUAAGAACUUCCCUUGUAUUAUAUUUUGUAUUGUUAUUUAGAAUCUUUCAUUUUGUGUAUAAACUGCCCUCUGUAUUUUAAGAAGAUAUAUUUUUAAUACUCAUUUGUAUGAAUUCCAAACCAGAAGCCGAAAUGGGGUUGUGUAAAAUCCAACUUGACAAUUAUACUACUUAUUUCAUUUAUCAUACUGUUUGUUUUGCACAGAUGAUACGUAGCAUUUUAAAAUAUAGCCACUAAAACAACUAUCUUCAUUAACUGAAGCAUUACACAGUAUGUUGGAACUAGCUACAUUAGCUUAUUUUUGAAAUGUAUUUUUUAAAGGAAAUAAACACCACUCUUGUAGAAUAA